GUCCUGACAUGUUUGGCACGACAUGGCGACCGGUAGGGAUGAUCUUGAAGCUGACGAAGAACCUAUUGAAUUCCAGGACUUUGAGACGCUUCCCUGCAAUUGCUCAUAUGUGUCUGUUUGCGUCCUGAUGCCAAUCUUGAAUGGUGCAGUUAGCGGCUUCAUUUGGUCGGGCUACAGCUUGCAUUUCGCAGCAAAUGGAUGGCCAUUGGUCACAAGUGGUCUAUCUGUGACUACUGGUUUUCUGUUGCGUGUGGGAACACAGCAACUGCAACUGCGCGCAGGGUACUGGUUGAUCGUGCCCUUUGCCGUGAUCCACUUGGCAUUUGCCAUCCUUGCUUUGAUUUAUCAAACAAGCCUGUGGGCAAUUUUUACAGAAGUUGUGGUGCUGUUAUGCCUUGACCCCACUUGCGCCAUCGAAGGCAUUGCUUUUGAUACUUUUGGUGCUUCAGAAAUCCAAGCCCGAAUGGCAACUUCAACGUUGUUGUCCGUGUUCACCAUUGCAGUGGCGAGCAGUUGCACUGUCGGAGGCAUUCUGUACGACUUCGGGGGCUGGACAGCAGUGGCCACUUAUCACAGUGUUUGCCAAGGCUUGCAGCUGAUUCUACUCUGCCUGCAGCCGCCCAUUCGGAAGUCCUUCAAGGAGUUUUUCUUCGCCAAUCGCUCGGCAGAUGUGGAAACCGCGCCGGUGUUGGCCUUCGAAGGUGACCACGGUCCCAAAAAAGUGCCUUUGGCCGUGGUGCCAUCAGCACCGAUGGCGGAAAUUCAUGACAUGCCUGGGAUGAUUUGGGAAGAGUCACUUCAGAGUGUGUCGGAAAGUGAGGUCGACGACAUAGGAAAUCGCACGGAGAGCGGACGCAUUGUACGAGACAGUCGGGCUUCCAGAGGAAGCGCUGCAAACCCAAAGAUCAGCAUUGUUGAUCACAUUGAGUCAAGCCCAUCGCAGCGUCGGGUAGAGACAGACAGGAGCUCCGGUCGAAAUGGUGCUGAGGGCGGUCGUGCUACACGAGACAGUCGGGCUUCCAGAGGAAGCGCUGCAGCCCUAAAGAUCAGCAGUGUGUCGGACAGUGAGGUCGACGACAUAGGAAAUCGCACGGAGAGCGGACGCAUUGUACGAGACAGUCGGGCUUCCAGAGGAACUGCAAACCCAAAGGUCAGCAUUGUUGAGCACAGUCAGCGUUCGCAAGAUUCCAGAGGAAGGGGCGGAAGCCCAAAGCACAGGGAGAGAAUGCUCCAUCACCCAUCAUAUCUGAGGUCAGGGACAGAUGAGAGCUUGGGUCGACAUCGUGAUGCUUGGGGCCAUUGGACUUCCAAAAAUAGCCUCAGAGUUCCUGUAGGGCCUGUAGGCACUGCAGGCAGUCGGGCCAGCAGAAACAGCCGGGCCAGUAGGGCCAGUAGGGCCAGUCGCGAAUCUGCUGGGACAGGAUCGAGUUAUGGCGCUCGGAAUAUGAGAAGUGGAAGUCCUCCAAGCAGCCGUAGGUCCAACCAGACUGGGGGCACAGCGAGCUCAGUCUUCACUGCUUUGACGAGCCUUCUGGCUUUGUCUGAAUCUGGGCAAGACUUCAGAAACCACUACUUGACCAGCAACGCCUUGCAGCCGCAAAUUGUAGGAUCGACAGGGGCAGCGCAAAAACUACGCCUGGAGCUGGACGUGGAUGAUGACGCCGAGGAAGCUGAAACUGGCAUUCCACGCGAUAUAAGGUUCCCAGCCUUAUUGAUCGUGCUGUGCUCGCUGUGCAACAAUUGCAGUUAUUCUGUCGAAUUCAACAAUUUUGCCAUCUAUUUCAAGCAGGUGCACAAUUGGAACGAAGCGACUUGGGCAGGGUUGGCUCAGACGGCUGGCGAUCUCAUGGCCGCCAUUGCCAUGAAACUGAUCCCAGUCAUUUUCUCGAGUGACUAUGAUCCGGACAAGUCGGGUCGUUUCCGAAGGUUUUUGCACCACCUCACAUCUGAGCCCUACAACCUCACUUUCAUCUUGUUCACUUGGGUACUCUUCAACUUUGGGAUGACGAGCCCGAUUUUACCAAUCGCAGUUGUUGCCCAGAUCUUAAUGGGCACAACAUAUGUGUACAGCUCGAAAUGGACCACCGACAUGAAUUUGUUUUACUCCAUGGGAGAUCCCAGGUUGUUUCUGAAUCUACAAGUCUUGUGCCGGAACGCAGACGCCGUGGGUGGAGGCAUUGGAGGUGUGUUGGGUGCAUUCUUGUACACGCUUGACCCCUUAGCUCCUUUUGUCUUCACCGGCGCACUGGCCUGCGUGAUUUUCGUGGUGUACACUGCUGGGUUCUGUGCUCGUUUGGGCUUUGGUGAAGAUAUUGAGAUGGCAGAGGAGAAACGCAGUCGUCGCUUGGGAAAACAGAGAGUAAGUGCUUGGGCAAACACAAAGUCACAAUCACAACUACCAGAAAAUCAUGAAACCAUUGCAGAGACGGAUGCGGAUGAAUGAAUCAUUGGAAAAUUUUCCACCGGAGGCUGUAGACAGCCCCCCUUUAGAUGUUUCACCUUCAGGCAAUGUGCUUGUCGAAAUGCGUAGAAUCACCCCCUGUGCUUUGUACAUAUGGGUACCCAUAUGUUUCGAUUAGCAGGCCGCAGAAUAGACACGUGAAAUCGGUGGCUACCGCAAGGCUCUGAUUAAAAA